AUGUGGUUCGGCCGCGCGUUCCCCGUGCCCGACGCCUGGCGCGGCGCCCGCGUCCUGCUCAACUUUGAGGCCGUCGACUACGAGGCCACCGUCUUUGUCAACGGCGCCCGCGCCGGCCACAACGUCGGCGGGUAUUUCCGCUUCACCGUCGACGUCACCGAGCACGUGCGCUGGGGAGCGGACAAUGAGCUCUUCGUCUUUGUGCACGACCCCACCGACGCCGAGGUCAUCCCCGUCGGCAAGCAGACGCGCAACCCGAGCCACAUCUUUUACCGCUCGUGCUCGGGCAUCUGGCAGACGGUGUGGCUGGAGCGCGCGCCGGCCAACCACAUUACGCAGCUCGACGUGGCGGCCGGCAUGGACGGAGAAGUCAAGGUGACGGCGCACACGUCGGGCAAGCAGCAGGGCGCCGAGGUGACCAUCGCCGUGGUGGACGGCGAGGGCCGCACGGUGGGGCAGGCAUCGGGCCCGUCGGACGCCGAGUUCGCCUUCCGCGUGGCGUCGCCGCGGCUGUGGUCGCCGGCCUCGCCCACGCUGUACAACCUGACGCUGACGCUGGGCGACGACCGCGUGCACAGCUACACGGGGUUCCGCACCGUCUCGGCCGGCCUCGUCGACGGCGUGCAGCGGCCCCUGCUCAACGGCGAGUUUGUCUUCCUCUUUGGCACCCUGGACCAGGGCUUCUGGCCCGACGGGCUGUACACGCCGCCCAGCCGCGAGGCCAUGGUGUACGACCUGCGCAUGCUCAAGCGCCUGGGCUUCAACAUGGUGCGCAAGCACAUUAAAGUCGAGCCGGACCUGUUCUACCGCGCCUGCGACGAGAUGGGCCUCCUCGUCAUCCAGGACAUGCCCUCGCUGCCGGCCGACGGCAACCGCCCGCCCAACCCGGCGCAGCAGGCCGAGUUCCAGCGCCAGCUCGAGGUGCUUGUCCAAGAGCACAAGAGCUACCCCUCGCUCGUGGUCUGGGUCAUUUACAACGAGGGCUGGGGCCAGCUCCGCGGCCCGCCGUACCCGGAGGAGCGGCUGACGGACGUGGUGCGCCGCCUCGACCCGUCGCGCCUGGUGGACGCCGUCACGGGCUGGCACGACCACGGCUUUGGCGACUUUUCCGACAACCACCACUACGCCAACCCCCAGUGCGGCACGCCCUUUUACUCGAUUCUCUCGUCGCCCUAUGACCCCCGCCGCAUCGGGUUCCAAGGCGAGUUUGGCGGCAUCGGGCACAACGUCUCGAUUGAGCACCUGUGGAACGUCCAGCAGGCCAUUGACACUAUUAACCAGACGUACGAGGUGAGCGCCGACCUCGACGCGUACAAUUACCGCGCGGGGGUGCUCUUCCGCGAGCUGAUCGAGCAGGUGGAACGGUAUGCGUGCAGCGGGGGCGUGUGGACGCAGACGACGGACGUGGAGGGCGAGGUGAAUGGCUUGUAUACGUAUGAUCGGCGCGUGCUGAGGGCCAAUGUGAGUCAGUGGCAGGCGGAUAUUAGGGGGUUGUAUGACGCGGCGCAUGGCCGGGGAGGGGCGAGGCCGUAG